GACGAGCGCGUCAAAGCGUGUCGAGCCCACGGUGACGAAGACAAGCAUGACUCGAUCAGGCCAUAUUUAGAUUCAAAAUAUUUUCCGUUUCUCCUUGAAACUUUUAUCUUUCUCGAUGGGUUACACUCUCUGUGUUUUAGGGUGCGGUACCAUGGGCAUCGCCAUCCUGUCUGGUGUAAUCGACAGUCUUGACGUGCAUUCCCGCGUUCCAGUUGUGCUGCAUAAGUGGGAGUCACAUACCCCAGGAACUACGACUCCCGUUGGAUUACCGGACGCAUCUACCCCAACUCGAUUUAUCGCUUGUGUGAGCCGAGCUAAAAGUGCUGCUAAACUCAGGACAGUAUUCGACGGUCUUGGUUCCUUGGGAAAAAAUACCGAGAUUGUAGCCUCGCAGAAUGUAGACGCUGUCAAGCAGUCUGAUGUUGUUCUUCUCUGCUGUAAACCACAACUUGCACAUUCAAUCCUCUCAGAGUCUGGGCUGUAUGAAGCCCUUGAAGGGAAACUCUUAAUCAGUAUUCUCGCCGGAGUCACCAUAUCGCAGCUCACCAACUGGGUUCAUCCGCGAACCAAGGUCAUCCGCGCUAUGCCUAAUACACCUUGCAAAAUCCGUGAGGGCAUGACGGUUGUGUCAACUAUUUCCGCCUCCAAUGAUAUGGAAGUGGAUCAUGCCAUAAUCCUUAAAAUAUUCUCGUCCAUUGGUCGAUGUCGUUUCUUGGAAGAAAAACAUUUUGAUGCUUGUACAGCGCUAUCAGGUUCGGGACCUGCUUUUGCAUGUAUUUUCCUGGAGGCUAUGGCAGACGGAGGCGUUAUGAUGGGACUUCCUAGGGCGGAGGCAUUAGAGUUGGCAGCACAAACACUACAAGGAGCGGCGCGCAUGGUGCUUCAAGCUGGAGCUCAUCCUGCACAGAUCAAAGAUUCUGUUACGACUCCAGGUGGAUGCACCAUCGCCGGUCUCCUGGCAUUGGAAGAUGGGAGAGUCCGUUCAACGAUAGCAAGAGGGAUUCAAAUAGCAACCGAACGAGCCAGUGAACUGGGUCAACCGGCCAAGAAGCAGUAGAUGGUAGAACCUCGCUGAUGCUUCGGGCCAAACGGCUCAAAGGCUCAAAGGAGCAGAAAAUUCAUUACCGAGAUGGUUCCGAUUUAUCUUGGUCGCAAGCUGCACACGCGAUGUAGCUUGCCAAUGUUGGAGUCAUUCAAAAGUAUCUUACAACUUCUGCAAAAAUUUUGGAAGAUUUCUGUAAUACUGGUUCAUUUCCAUCUUCGAAGAAAGGCC